AUGCAUCUUCGGAGUCUACAUCCUGGCAGUAACAAUCUGCUUCCAGAGACGCCCCGGUGGCUGAUACUCCAUGAAGAAACUCCCCUUCGAGGGGAGGUUGUUUUAUCGAAGCUACGAAAUAAGCCAAUUGGUCAUCCUUCUAUCAUCGAAGAAAAGAAUGAGAUUAUGGGAGCGAUUGAGCUUGAGCCUGCAGAUGACGGUAGCUGGCUUGCUCUGUUCAAGGAUGGUGGUGACGGAACUGAUAAGCGGUUCUACCUAUCGCUCGGUAUUCAAUUCAUGCAAGAGAUGGGUGGAAUCAAUAUGAUCUCCUACUAUGCACCUACAAUUUUCAAGGAGAGUCUUGGGAUGUCCGAGGAACGUGCACUCUUUGUUGGUUAUUUUUUACAAGUGUGGUAUGUGUUUGCUUCGUUUCUCACGUGGUAUAUAAUCGACCGGGUAGGGUGUCGUCGAUUGUUUAUACUUAUGGCAAUUGCCAUGAGAAUCAUCAUGGCAUGCGAAGCAGCUUGCGUAGCUCUCGGCGGUGUCAGUGCGAGCAUAGCAGCUAUUUUCUUCGUGUUCCUAUUUGAGGGCUGCUUUAGCUGGGGUUGGCAGGCAUCUACGUGGGUAUACCCAGCUGAGAUUCUACCUCUGAAAGUUCGUGCAAAGGGCGCUUCGUUGGCCGCAGCCUCAUGCUUCCUUGGGAAUUUCUUAGUUGUCGCAAUUACGCCACCCGCUUUGGAGAAUAUUGGCUAUAAGUCCUACACCAUUUUCGCGGUGUUGAAUCUGGUACAGGCUAUUAUAUCGUGGGCCUUUUAUCCAGAAACAGCGCUCAUUCCGCUUGAGCAGAUUGAUAAGCUGUUCAUUUCAAACGAGGUUGAACAACCGCCAAAGGAAGGAAUUCAUAGGUUUCAGUACUCUGUUGUCAGGACUGCUGACGAUGUCUUUCACGAGAUCCAGCGACAGCACAAAUUGGGCAAGAAUGUGGAGCUUGGACUGAAAGCCGAGAGCGACACUGCUUCUUCUGAUAAAAUGGAUAAGUCACCGGUUGAGCAUGUGGAGAUAAAAUGA